AUUUGUCAGUGAUAAAAGAGGAUGUAGGAAGAAAAAAAAAAAACAAGGUUAUACAUCCAUCUCCUUUUAUCUGUCCCUUUAAUGGCUACGUGCUUUUUCCCUUUUGCUCCAUGUUCUUUUAGCAUUCCCAUUCGUCUGUCCAUGACAUGUCUGUCUGCUAAUAAGAGAACACAGUGUAAGUUGGUGAAGCAGACUCUUCCCUAAAUGCCCUUCAGCAGAGGCUGCAGUUCCUGUUGAGAGCACACAUGGACCAGGGGAGGAGGAGACUGUGCUGUAGAAAAAAAAUGAUACGUUAGGGAAAGGGGGGAGCUUUUCCUUCCAUGGUGCAGAGUUGGUACUGAAAGAAGCAGGCAAACUGCAGGAUCUCCUUUCUGCUCAAGAGAAGGAUAGAAUUCAAGAGUUCCCUGCUUAUCUUGCAUGUAAUAUACUAAAUAAGCUGAGUGGAAGGAAUCAAAAGCCAUCAAUAUGGAUUUUGUUAUGAAGCAAGCUUUGGGAGGUGCUACAAAAGACAUGGGGAAGAUGCUUGGUGGUGAUGAAGAAAAGGAUCCAGAUGCCCAAAAGAAAAUGGAGGAAGCACAAGAGGCCCUCCGUCAGCAGGAAGACGAAAGGAAAGCAAAAUAUGCAAAGAUGGAGGCUGAAAGAGAAAUAAUGAGACAAGGUAUUCGGGACAAGUAUGGAAUAAAGAAGAAAGAAGAAAAGGAAGCAGAGGCACAGGCAGCAAUGGAAGCAACAUCUGAAGGGAGUUUAACACGUCCAAAGAAGGCAAUACCUGCUGGCUGCGGAGAUGAAGAGGAAGAGGAAGAGAGCAUUCUAGAUACAGUUAUUAAAUAUCUACCGGGUCCACUUCAAGAUAUGUUCAAGAAAUAAGACACAGUAGACUGCCAGACUGUUUUAACAAUAAACAGAGAAGCAAUGGAUUUCCCACUCUCUCAUGGGAAAUUUUAGUAUUGCCACAUGCUACCCCCCCUACCGUCUCUUAAACUUUGCUUACUCUAGUCCCUUCUCUUUCUUUCUUCCUUUCCUUUUGUACAUAGUCACAUACAGUAGACACCUCUAAAUGGAUGUCAAAGUUAUGAACUGCAGUCUACGCAAUUUUAUUAUAAGCCAUAGUAUAAUGUAUGUUAAGAUCUGGCAGUUGUAUACAUAGAUAUCUUUAAAUAAAUCAUAAUUUUUACACUAAUAUCAGUAGUUUAGCUAUAGACAAAGGGUAGCGUUUAUUGGUCAAUUAGGAAAUUAUUUGCAGUUUACAUUAAAGCAACAUAUCACUGUAAAUUGACAUAUAUCUGUGAAUUCAUAUACAUAAAAAGAGACAAUUCAGAAAAUGAACCAUGUGAAACACCUUUAUCCAAGACUUUAUGGUGGAAAAAUAGCCUCCUCCAUUAAUCAGUUUAAUAAAAAAAAUAGCCUCCAUUAAACUAAUUACAAAACUGAAAACAAUUUUUUUUUUAAAAAUGAAUUUUAGAACGGCAUAUAUGCUAUUUCUGGAAUGUAAGUAUAAAACAAGCAGGCAGAUAUUUAAGCGAAAAGUUUUUAGAAACACUAUUUAAUAUUGUAUUUUAUUUCAGGAUGAUUGAACCUAUUCAGUGCUAGACAAUUGUGCCAUCAGCAAAUCAUCAAAUGAAAAGCCUCUACAUUCUUAAGUGUUGAUGAACAUUUUAAAUGAUUGCAAAAACACAAAUUUAAGAUUAGUGUCUAAAUUUACAUUAUAAAUAGUGCUAAAUCCUGUUCCACAAAAUAUAUUGAACGUAUAAAGCAAUAAUUAGAGUGCUGUCUGAAAUGUUAACUCUUUAUUUUGUAUAUUUUGGAAAUUCUGUUUAUUUGAGUGGUAACCUUGAGCUAAUAGAGUUUCUUUUAAAAUAUAAAUAACAGAAUAUUUUCUCUCAGAGCAAACAGUUUAAGUUUGAACCAGUGUAAUCAAUUCCCAGUGAACCAAAACGCCUUAGAUACACAAGAAUACUGCUGACAUUUUUCAUGGGUCACAAAACGUUUAGAUAACCAAUUUAGCAACAAUUUAGGAGUUGAGAUGCACUGGCAUUCUGAGCUUUUGGCUUGAAGUGCACGUUUUCCCAUUAAGCAAGGCUAAAGUAGCUUAUACUGAUGUGAUCAUUCCAUUAAAGAGACUUGUUAACCCACUGCUGUCCGGUUGCAAACAAAAGAUUCAAAUUCCAAUAUUUCACACAAUGUUUUCAUAAUUAUUAAUCCAUACAGUUAUAUAUACAUAUAUAUAUGUAUAUAUAUAUAUAUAUAUAUAUAUAUAUAUAUAUAUACACAUAUAUAACAUUUUGCCAAAUUUGUAUUUAUUUUUGCAGUGGGUUAUAAAGCUGUUUCAGGUUUUAAUAGGAAGCCGUCUAUAUAAACCUCUACCUUGCCUGAAGCUAUAUCAAUGAUCAGCACGAGUUAGUAGUACUGGGGAGGGGGUUUUAUAGCCAUAAAAUGUGCUAUGUGACAACACUUUAUUUCACCUUUUGUUCUACAAAAAAUUUGAAAUAAAAUGUUUUCUUUUUUACUUUCUUGCAUUAUAUUUGGGAAGAAGAAAUCACCUAAGUUCACUAAUUUUCAACUUUCUCAAUUGACAUAAAGUAGACUUUAUUUUACAAUAUAUGGAGGUGUGUUUCUUUCUCUUUGUCUUGUCUGUCAUUAGAACAUUGUAAUAGCAGGCCAUCUAAAGUCUAAUUACAAUUAAAAUGAUUUUAAAACAUAAUAAUAAAUAUAGACCUCUGUUAAAAUUAGUAUAAUCUUGCCCUAUUGCCAGUUACCAUAAGCUAUAUCUUAUAUUGACUGAUUUUCAUAAAUAUAGUCAUAAAUUUAUAUACACAGAGAUACCUGAUUUAUUCUUUUUGAACAACAAAUUUAACACAAGGCUUAUAGCAAAACCAAAGAGAAAACUGGUUCAUUUGCUUUCAUUGUAAAUCUGAAUAUCUCUGUCAUCUAUUGUGGUUUUUUGUUGUUUAAUGUGUUUAAUCUCAGGUAAUUGAGGUAGUCUUUUGUAUUAUCAUUUUCUUUACCUAGGAAAGAGGUGCGAUAUAUUAUACCAGACUGAAAAUCCAGGUCUGGGUGCUUAAGUUGCAAGCCUUCCUAGUUUCCAUGAAAACACAAAUCAUCAUCUUCUGGUUUUUAGAAGGUGACGAUUCAAUAACUGUUGCAUUGAGUAUCAUCCAUUUUCAUCUACCUUUAGAGAAAGCCAUAUAAAAUCAGACUGCAAUAUUAAUUUAGGAAGAUUAAAAUGUGUCAGAGAGACUAGAUCAUGUAUUAAUUUGCACUGGAGUUUCUCAGUCUACGUUUACUGUAUGUUAGUUUAGUGUUUUAUCCCUUCUGUGUCAGAGUAACACACGCCAAUGCUGCUCUAUAUGUUCCCUUCAAUCAGCUUACUGGUAUGAUGUUGUAACGUUACCGAUAUGUUGUUGUGAGCAAAAAGUAAUGUCUUCUGUGUACGCCAUGUUAGUAUGCGUUACCUCUCUCUUUCUCUGUUAUUUGUGCACAACAUAAGUAAAAUGUUUGGGUAUCAGUCUUUACAAAAUGUUUUCACACAAGGAAGUUAACCUGCUCAGCCAUAGUUUUGUGAUCCACAGAAUCAUUUUAUAAAUUUAAAUGCUCAUACUGAAUGCAUGCUAUGAACUUCCAACCAAGAGCAGAAAGAUGUAGAGGCUUUGUGAAUGUAAAUUUCAUUGUAAUUUCUGUGCUAUCCUCCAUUGCAUGAUAUCAAUCAAUUCAAAAUAUGUUCUUUUCGAAUGGAAUCACAGCCAAUAAAAAAUAAAGUGAUUUCAGAUUUUUU